UCUUCAUUUUUCAUCCUCAUCCUCAUCAUCUCUCAUCUUCGUCGUCAUCAUCAUCCUCAUCAUCACCACCAUCACUCUCAUUAUACUCAUCAUUUGAAUGAAUGUAAUCACCGAGUGAAGAACUUAUCUUUUUUUUUCACCAUCGAAAAAAAGUUUUCCUUUCAUUCUCAUUGGGAUUAAAUAAUCACCGUUAACUUGACCAUCACCAUCAUCUUGUUAUCCUCAUCCAAUUGAGGAAAAGAAAACAACCAAUUUCAUUAAGUUAAUUGUGAACUCCAAUAAUCAACUGAUUAACUUUCUGUGUGAAUAAAAUCAAAUUGGAUAUCAACAUGUUGAAAACAUUUUCCAUAUUAUCAGCUACCUUACUGUUAACCUUAACAGUAUUUGGAUCAGCUGAAGAGGAUAGAAAUUUAUUGUCUAAAUUAAAUUCUAAUAUUGAAUUAAAUAAGGUGACUAAUAAACCGAUUGCUCCAGUUUCUGGUGAACCUUUGAAAACGGCCGAGACUCGACCAGGACCAACAGGAAAUGAUUUUAUCACCUCAAGUCACACUGAACAAUCAUACAGUUCAUCGGCUUCAUUUGAAUCAUCCGGUGGUCAUGGUGGUUCUCCUGGUUCAUCUGCUGAAUUAGGUGGUGGUCGAGGUCCAGGUCCAGUUAAUUCACAAUCGGCUUCAUCAGGUUCCUAUCAAGUUUCUGGUGAAAAUUUUUCUGGUUCAAGUGGUGAAGUUCAAUCUCAACAAAAUCAACCACAACAACAGCCCCAACAACAACAACAACAACAACAACAACAACCACAACAGCAUCAACCUCAACAACCUUCCGGUCAACAACAAGGUUCACCUGAGGUUUACUCUUCAUCAGGUGAAGAUACAUCAUCAGGACCUUCAUCUCAAUCACCAUCAGGACCAGUUGCCUUUGGACGACCUGAUCUUAAUGAGGUUGAUUUUGGCCGAAACCUUUAUCCAAACAGUGGACCACGAAAUGUUGCCCAUCAUCCAUAUGGUUCAUCUUUUGAAAUUGCUGGUCAAACUUUUGACCUUCAACGAAACCCUGAGCCCAGUUACGAUAAUGGUGCUACUUCAGGUGAAUACAGUUCAUCUCAAAAUAAUGUCAACAAUGAAGGCGGAUAUGGUUUAAAUCAAGACACAAGUGCCUAUGAAGAUACAAAUUCAAAUGAGGACGAGGGCAGUGCCUACCGCACCCAGGACCCUGAAGGUUCACCGGCUCCUUUAGCUGCUCAUGGCUCUGGGCCUGAACACCAUCAACAGGUUCAAGUACAACAACAAGCACCUUCAUCGGCUGAACAAGGCGGCAGAAAAACAUCAACCCUUUCAUCUGGUGGACCAGUUCCCGAUUACGGUGGUUUCCGUCCUGUAAUUAAAAGUCAAGCUAUUCCAAUUCCUCAAAUUCCUGGCCCUCAACGACCUUCAUAUGGUUUAGGUAACGGUGAACCUUAUCGAUCUGUUUCAAUCAACUAUGAAUCACCAAAAUCAAUUUACAAUUAUGAUGGUUUAUCAAAUACUGCAAACACCGGAAGUUACAAUACUAAAAGUUUCCCAGUCUAUGGUGGUAAUGGACAAGGUGCCCCUCGAGAACAUCAACCUCAAGGUCAUGUUGUACCAACUUCUCAUGCCGGUUAUGGUUUAGAUUAUGCCUCAGGUAAACCUUAUGGUGGUGACCUUUCAGUUAAACCUUAUUCAGCCGAUCCAAAUGGGAAUGUUAAAAAUAUCCCAAUGACCAUUGGUUAUGAUGAAUUUGUUAAACCACCAACUCCCUCCGCUGCUCAAUACCAUUCAGCUGGAGCUCCACAUAGACCAUCUCACCACCAUGGAUCAGAAUAUAUUGUUUCUCAUGGUCCACCCCAACAAAACUAUGAACAAGGUCCACCACCACCCCAAGGACACUAUGGUCGUCAACCCCAAGGUCCACCUCCUCCACAGGGCCAACAAGGUCAACAACAAGGUCCACCUCAAUUAGCCGGAGGUUAUGGUCAACCUGUUACCUACCAAGCAACUCCCAUUGGUUAUGCUCAACCCGAUGCUUACGAUCAACAAUCUGGUCCCGUUAAUUAUGAACAUCAACAACCCCAUCAUCAAGGUCCACCUCCUCCACAACAACAACACCAACACCAACAGCACCAACAACAACAACCACAACAACAAGGUCCAACUGUAUCUUAUGGUCAACAAUCCCCACCAGUAGGAUAUGAACAAUCAGUUGUCGUUCAAGGACCUCAUCCUCCCCAACCUCAACAAGGACCACCUCAAGGGCAUCCACAAGGCGCUCAUCCUCCUCCACAAGCCCAUGGUCAACAUCAACCACCACCACCACCACAACAACAAGUACAACAAACUCCACCCGGUUAUGGACCACCCAAUGGUCCAGGUCCAAUCUCUGGUCCACCUUCCGCUGGUCCCCCUCAAUAUGAACAAGAGCCCAACUAUGGUCCACCUCCACCACCCCAACAAACUGCUCCAGUUAAUUAUGAACAAACUGGACCCAAUGAAUAUCAACAAACUCCAAACAAACCUGGUUACGAGCAAACUACAACUUUCGUUGAAAGUUCUGGUUAUCCUGGUAAUCUUGGACCUUCAUAUGGUACAAUUAAAGAUGGUCCAAGUCCUUUGACCGCUUCCGUUCCCGCUUCUGCACCAAUUGAAGGUUAUUCUGGAAACAUGGGCUCAGAAAAUGAAUAUUACCAACCCUCAUCAUAUGACUCAUUGGAAAACUCUGCUGGUCCAUCAAACUAUCCACCACCACCACCACCAUCAUCAAUGAAUGGUUACAAUUCACAGGGAGCAAGUUACUCCUCAGGUGGUUAUUCAAUCCCUGAAGAUUCAUCAUACAUGUCAUCGCUUUUCGGCUUCCCAACUUAUGAUGUUACCUCAGGAAAAGGAAAUCCUUAUGCUUCCGGUUCUAAUCCAAUCCCUUCACCCGCUUCACCAGGAUCACAUCUCUCUGGUAUCUCAUCCGUUUUAACUGGUUCACCUUCAGGAAAACCUUCAGCCGCUUCUUUCUUACCUUCAAUCAAAUUAACCGGAAGUGGAAUUAAAUUCACCGGUUUUGGUUCAAGUCUCACCGGUGGUUUGGGAAGCAUUAAUCAAGCCAUUGCAUCAACUCUUGGAUCAGGAUUAAGCUCUGUCACCGGUCCUGGUUUAGGAUUAGGAUCUGGAUUAGGAUCAAACUUUGCUUCUAGUUUAUCUGCAAGUUUAGGUUCAACCGGUGGAGUCGCUAACGGAGUCUCACCUCUUCAUCCCGGUGGACCAUCAGGUCACACUGGAUCAUCAGGUGGACUUGGCGGACCAUUAGCAGCUUUUUAUAACAAUUUAUCCGGAUUAGGUGCACCUUUCGGUAACAUUGGAGGUAAUUAUGGCACUGCCGCAUCUAAAUUAAUCCCACAAGUUAUUCGAGCUCCUUUCCGAACAAUGUACAGAGCACUUAUGGGAUCAAAUGCUAAUCAUAAUCCAUUAAAUGGUUAGAAUCAAAUUGCUCACUAAACUAGAUUUUUCACCUUUACAAUCAUCUAAACUAAUCAUCAUCAUCAACACCACCAUAAUCAUCAAUAUCAUUACCACCAUCAUCAUCAUCCUCAUCAUCAUCAUCUAAACAUCAGAAUCCAUUCAAAUCAAAAACCAUCAUCACCAUCAUCAUCAUCAUAACGAAAUAGUAAUCAACAAAAAUCAAUUUUCUGCUUUCCUUCAGUCUCAUCAGCUGAAAAGUGGCCUUAAAAAUACAACAAACUUUUUCCAUCGUCGCCAACAAUCAACUAAUUAUUAACCUUUUUUUUUUACUCAAUUUCAUCAACCACAUACUCAACAUUCCUACAAUCAGACGCCAUUAAAAUACCGGCUUUCUCUUUCUUUUUACUCUUUUGCCCACCACAAACUGGAGGAUUUUCAAUCAAUCAACUAAUUAACCAACAUAGUCAAUCACACUCACAUUAAGCCAUCACCAUUUUAAAUAGUUAUCGUUACGACGUAACGAACUCGAUAAGAUUUUUUUUGUUCAUCAUGUGGCUAAUCCCUCCUUACUAAUAAUUCAGUCUUUCCUAUCAUUCAUCUUCAUCUAUCGUCUUCUUCAUCUUCAUCAUCUAAAUUUUUUGCCAUUUCUACUAUUAUAUUGUCGGUUUCUUCAUGACUCUCUCUCUCUCUCUCUCUCUCUCUCUCUCCUUGCGAAAUGAAAAUUCAAAACUAUUUUUUCAUGAGAGAAAAUCAUUAUCAUCAUGUCAUCAAAUAUAUUAUUAUUUUCAAUUUACCUGGAUAAACAACAACAACAAUCAGUAGUAAUAAAAAACAACAUCAUUGAUUAUAAAUAUUAUUAUUAAAAAAAAACAAGUGAAAAAACAACUAA